GAUGUUACGGUAGGCCCAGGAGAGAGGGUUCUUGGGAGGUUUCUCUCAUCCCCUUGGAUGCCUCUCGCUCCCCUCCGUCGAUGGCGGUCCUCCACCUCCCCGCCACCGGCCUUCCCUCAUUCCCAUCGAAACCCUCGUUUCCUAUCGGAAGACUCUCCUUCUUUCUUCCAUCUUCCCCGGCCAGGCGGUCGCGGCUGGCCGCCUCCGCCUCCUCCUUCUUCUCCGGCGGCGGCCUGCGCUUCUCCGGCGGAGAUUCCAUGUUCUUCAGGACGAGAUGGAGCUUCUCUCGCCACAGGCGCGGUGGGUUGGUUAGAGCCAAAGUCUCGGAUUUCUACGCGACGCUGAACGUUAGCCGGAACGCCACGCUCCAGGAGAUCAAGAGCGCCUACCGGAAUCUCGCUCGCAAGUAUCAUCCAGAUAUGAAUAAGAGCCCUGGGGCAGAAGAAAAGUUUAAGGAGAUUAGUGCUGCAUAUGAGGUGUUAUCAGAUGAUGAGAAAAGAUCUUUAUAUGAUCGCUAUGGUGAGGCAGGUUUACAAGGAGAAUAUGGAGGGGAUGGAGUUGGCCCACAAGGGGUAGAUCCUUUUGAAGUCUUUAGUGCAUUCUUUGGUGAUUCAGAUGGACUUUUUGGAGACCCUGGAGGAAUCCACUUUGAUACAAAAUUUAAUCGCAGCCAGGGACUUGAUAUUCGUUAUGAUCUUUCUUUGAGUUUUGAAGAAUCAAUUUUUGGAGGACGACGGGAACUAAAUGUCACUCGCUUUGAAACUUGUGACAAUUGUAAUGGGACUGGUGCAAAAUCUAGCAAUUGCAUAAAGACAUGUACUGAGUGCAAAGGUAGGGGUGGAGUGAUGAAAACCCAGAGAACACCGUUUGGAAUAGUGUCUCAGGUGUCUACUUGCUCAAAAUGUGGUGGGGAUGGCAAAACAAUCACUGAUCAGUGCAAAAGCUGUAGUGGUGAUGGAAGAGUGCAGACUAAGCGAUGUGUCAGAGUAGAUAUUCCAGCUGGUGUUAAUGAUGGAUAUACUGUUCAAGUUCAGGGUGAAGGAAGCAUUGAUAAGAAAAGGGGUAUAGCUGGUGAUCUUUAUCUGUUCAUUCGUGUAAAUGAGAAACCAGGAAUUCAGAGGAAGGGUCUUAAUUUGUACUCAGAUGUCAGUAUAGAUUACACUGAAGCAAUUCUAGGAACUACAGUAAAGGUGGAGACAAUUCAAGGAUACCGAGAUCUUCAAAUUCCCUCUGGUACACAACCGGGAGAGACACUAAAGCUUUCUAACAUGGGAGUUCCAAACAUCAAGAGACCUUCAGUUCGAGGUGAUCAUCAUUUUACUGUAAGGGUAGAGAUCCCCAAAAAUAUCAGUGAUGCGGAGCGCUCACUAGUUGAAGAGUUGGCAUCUCUCAGGGCUACUGAGUUUUCAUCAAUCCGAUCGAGAGGGAUGCGCAACAAUGAUAUUAAGAAACAGAAAACGAGAAAGAGGCAAAACCAUUCUUCACGAAAAAGGACCAAAGAUUCCUUGUGGAGCUCUAUCAGGAAUUUGUUUGGAGGAAAUCAAACCCGGACAGGGUUUGCAUCAUUUAGUGUACAACCUUUAGCACCAGCAUGGACCCCUGGAGCUGAUCCUUCACUUGCGAUUUCUUUAAGUGUUGUUGUAGUAACAUGCAUCUUAUCCGUGGUUUGUAGAACUGGUUGCAGUUCAUUUUCACGGCAGAGCAAUGUGUCUACUCAGGAUAGAAUGAUAAAAGGAAGAUGAAUAUGUUGUCCCUCUGAUCAUUAUAAAUAUUCUGAAUGGGCAGGAAUUAUCAUGCCCAACAGUCUGAUCUUUCCCAACUCAGGAGGAUAAAGUUUUGAUUCUUCCUCUACGACACUCCCAAUUUGGCUAUAUUCUGAUCCUAGCAAUGAAAUUUUUAUUCAUCUAGAGUUGAAGAGUCCAACUGGCCCUGGAGGAAAUGCUUAAGUUGGCCCCCGUGCAAGCCACCUUGCCUAUCAUCGGGGCCUCCCUAUUCUUUACAAAAUGGAAUACAAAAUGAUUGUAUCGUUUCCAUAACUGUAAAAAUCAACAUGUAACCAAUGUCAAAAUACGCUGUCCAAAGAGAGAAGGGAUGGAUGGCAAAUGGGUUUACCAUUCUGUUCUGUUUUUUCUUGAUAACCAUGGUAAACAUAGCAGUUAGCUGUGAGGUUCCUGUAUGUCAAGAAUUUUUUUUUUUGGUGUUCUUCUUUUCUAUCCACUAAAUAUGCAUGAAAUACAUGUCUGUAUAAA